ACCUCUUGAAUUCUGUUACAAGAAUAAAGAGACUGUAGAAGCACAAGUGGUUAUAUCAAUGACAUGCCCGGUUAAUUUACUAGGGAGAGAUGUGUUAACUAAACUCAAGUUAGGAGUGAUACCUAUGGGUGACGACCGAUGGGAAGCAGUUAAGGUUACGUACAAAAAAAAAUUGAAGAUACCCUAAUUAUCCAAGAAAGGGGGGAACCACAAUACUAUUAUGCCCUACAGUUAAAGGAAGGGCCAGGACAAUUCCAACAGGAACUGCUUAGAUUGGCACACCAGCGGGUCAUGGAACAAAGUGACUUCCACCUGCCUGAGGAUCUGCACUGUACCAUGUGGUACCGUGAAAAAGGGGGAAGUUCGUUGCCAUAUGAGAGACAUUUCAAAUUGGGAAGUUCCACACGAUUAACGAUUCAAUGUAUAUAUUGGAAUGCAACUGAUAUGGGAGGGAAAGUUUUACUCCAACCGUUAGAUGAUCAGCUAUACCAGGGAGAAGGGAACCCCCAUGUAUCAAUUGCAAAGAGAUGCAAAAAGUCAUGGCAACAAGUGGGUAACCUGGUAGAUUGUGGGAUAAAAGCACAGGAUUGGGAAGAGACUCAGGAUGCAGGGAUAUGGUAUUCCCCGAGGACAGGUCUCUACUCACAAUGUUUGAAUUGGGUGUAUCAAUGUGAAAGAGUUAGGAAGAUGCACUCAGGGAAGAUGGUUCCCUGACUGUUAGGAGUGGAAAUAGAACAGGAGGCGGAGUUGAAUGCUCUGCCUGAUGCUCUAUGGUCCAAAGGAUCAGCUGACGUAGGACUAAUAAAAGGGAUUGAACCUAUUAAAAUCAUACCAAAAGGAACACACCGCCCAUACCAACGGCAGUAUCCUAUGAAACCAGAGGCCAUUGAAGGAAUUGAACCCAUAAUUAAGGAACUUAAGGAGAAGGGCAUCAUAGUGGAUUGCCCUGACUCUCCAUGUAACACCCCCCUGUUCCCAGUAAAAAAGGUAGCGCCAUCACAAGGGUGGCGAUUGGUUCAGGAUUUACAGGCUGUAAAUAAGGCAGUGAUUCCCCGGACCCCAGUUGUACCCGACCCCAAUACCUUGCUGAACAAUUUGCGACCUGAUACAGCUUGGUUUACAGUAAUUGAUUUAGCAAAUGCGUUUUUUUCUAUUCCGGUUGACAAGGCCUCCCAAUUUUGGUUUGCCUUCACAUUUUUGGGAAGGAAAUAUACGUACACCAGAUGUCCACAGGGAUUUGUUGAAUCCCCGGCCAUAUUCUCACAAUGUAUGGAAAGUAAUCUGGCAAAAUUUGAGCCCCCGGGUGGCAGUCAAGUUUUGUUGUAUGUAGAUGACAUACUUAUAUGUUCCCCAUCCAACGAAAUUUGCCGCCAAGAUUCUGGCCUGCUUAAAAUUUUGGGAGAAUGGGGACAUAAAGUGAGCCAAAAAAAUACCUCCGAGGGUAGCCCUCACGACUGUUUAGAAAAGACCUCACAGUCAGUAGCGGCGCGAGUAGAUUUGGCGGACACAAGGUUUGAGAAUGCAGAUGUGACAUACUUUGUGGACGGUUCAUGCAAAAAGGACAUGGUGGGCCGUUCCCAAAAGUCUGCAGGAAUGGUAGAAAGACAUAACGGGACACUUAAAAAUAAGCUGAAGAAAGCCAUGGAAACCACAGGGAAGGGUUGGGUGGCAUGUCUACCGUUAGCACUGACAAGUAUGAGAAUUACACCUGGGAGCAAGAAACUCCCCGAACUGAAUGAGAACACCGAGCCAUGCCCACUGCAGCCAGGAGAUUGGACACUGAUUAAGGACAUCAAAAGGAAGCAUUGGCAUCAACCAAAGUGGACAGGACCAUAUCAGGUGCUACUAACCACACCAACGGCAGUACGGAUUGCGGAACGAAACACCUGGGUCCACGAUAGCCACUGCAAGAAGACACCACCGCCGUAA